CCCUGCGCGAUCGGAGCGGCCGAACAUGGCGCUCCCGAGACUGCCCCCAUCGCUGCUGCUGCCACUGCUGCUGCUGCAGGCCUCCGACACCUUCGCCGGCAUUGUGGACAGUGGUGCGCUGCUGGUGGCGCCGAAGGUGUGGCGGGCUGGAUCCGAGGAGAGGGUCUGCGUCACCGUGUUCAACGUUCCCUCCCAGACGAGAACGUUGAUAGAAUCCGAGCCGAGCGCUGAUCGGUCGAUCUCUGCGAAUUUUGAGCCAGUGACGGGAGACACGCGACGUCGGCUUUCCAACAUUCUGAGUCUCCUCCGCAGCGGAGACCGGAUAGCCGAGCGAAGGCCGGCGCGGACCACAGUCAGCAGUGCCCCGGCCCCGAUCCGCGAGCACCGAUCGUCGAGAAUAUCACGACGCACGGUUGAAGUUUUCAUUGGCUUCGCCAACAGCAAGAAUGGCAGAAGUGUGUUCGAGGAUAGCAAACAUGUACCGGCGGGUAGUGGUGCCACCACCUCCUGUUUUGGCGUGUCAGUACCGGAGACACUUAAGGCAAGCUACAUUUACGUCAAGGUCCAAGGUAAGACUGCGGUAUGGUCCAAGGUCCGCGUUGAGCCCAAGGUACUAGUAACCCUGGUGCAGACGGACAAGGCCAAAUACCGACCUGGCCAAACGGUCAAGCUGAGAGUUCUCUCGCUUCGUCAGGACUUCACGGCACUCGACGAUACUAUCAAGGAGAUUUGGAUAACGGCGCCCGAGGGCACCCGUCUGGCGCAGUGGCUCGACGUUCGGAUGGACGUCGGCCUCGUGCAGAAAGAGUUUCAGCUGACCCAGGAGCCGCCGCUGGGCCGCUGGACGAUCCACGUGCGCCGCGGUGACGGUGCCACCACAAAGCAGUUGUUCGAUGUAGAGGAGUUCGUGCCUCCCAGAUUCGAGUUAGAUGUCAACGUGCCCGGAGUCCUUUACCGUGACUCGCGAGUGCUCACUGUCAAGGUCUGCGCCAAGUACACGUUCGGUAAGCCUCUGGUGGCUGCUGAUGUUCGCCUGGUUAUCACAAGUAAGGAGCCGAAUGCAUUUCGACAAGGGACCUCAGAAAACGGUCAGAACAAAUAUUCACAAGAGACUGACGGCCAGGGAUGCACAUCAAUCCACGUAUCCAUUUCAAGACUACACGGCUCGUCGGGUAUUCCUCACCGUAUUACGCAGUACAUGGUAUCGACUAAUGUAACUGAAGCAAGUACGGGCAUCAGCCAACUAUCUGAAGUAGUUGUGCCUGUCAAAAGCACCAAAUUGUUUAAAGUUAUCAAGGACGAAUCACCCAAGUUUAUCAAACCAGGUUUGGACUAUUAUGGGACGGUCCGUUUUGAAAGACAAGAUGGCUCCCCAGUGACCAGCGAACAAGUAGAAAUCUGUUACACCGUCUAUUACUAUCGAGAAAUGGCAAAGAAGUCUUCAAAUAGGCUUCCGCCCAUUAUGAAAAAUGCAAACACUGGCUCUCCCCGCGAGAAAUGCAAAGUUUACCGCACAGAUAGCUCGGGGAGAGUGAUCUACGUCGUGCCAGCGCAGUAUGACGAGAUUGCCUACAUAACAUUCAAAGGACGCACCCUCGGAACGGAGCAGCGUUUUUCGCUGCCUCUGGUGCGCGCCUGGUACUCUCCCAGCGAAUCGUUUCUGCUUAUUGACGCCCGGAGUCUGCUGGGCGGCGUCAAGUGCGGUCAGACAGUCACAGUCGACGUAAGGCGCAGCGCAAACUUCCGUGCCGACGCCAUGCGCUAUUUGGUACUGGCGCGCGGCGACAUUGUUGGCGACGGGCCGGUGCACUCGAACUCGGUGAGGAUUGUGAUCAACUCCCGAAUGGCACCCUCGUUCCGUCUGCUGGUGUACGCUGUAACCGACCAGGGAGAGGUGGUCGCCGAUUCCAAAGUCGUCCGCGUGGCACCUUGUCUUCCAAAUAAAGUGUCCGUGUCGUGGAGCGCGGCGCAGGUCCGGCCAGGGGACACCGCCUCCCUGACGGUCACUGGGUCGCCCGGCUCGCUCUGCGGAGUGGACGCGGUGGACCGCAGUGCCCAGCUGCUGGGCACCUCCAACACGGUCAGCGUCGGCAAGGUGUUCAGUCAGGUGUCACGACUGAUUAUAGGGGAGAAGGCACUGCCGAAGCUGGCGCGCACCUCUUACGAGCAUUGUUCGCGGAUUCCUACCCGAUACAUAACCAGCGAGAAGCCAUCAUGCCCGUCUUCCAGAACGCGUCGUCAAGGAUCAAACCAAUAUUGGGAUCACAGGAAGAUUUGGUAUGAAGAAAAAAGAAUUGAAACCUACAUGGAUGAGCGCGAAGAUUCAGUAGCUGCCUUUGACAUGGCGGGUCUUUUAGCGGUGACAAGUUUAGAUCUACAGACGCGGCCUUGUGUUGAACGUAUUUUUACUGUUCGAAAGCACAUUAAAUGCUAUCCAAUUUAUCCCAGGGAGGGGCAUGUGGAGACUUCCAAUAAAGUAGGAUUUUCCACACUCCCUGUAACCGGAAACGGAAGAGCCGUGGAAGGAGAGCAAGCCUCUUCUUCAGGUGUUACGACUACCGUCAUAACAGGGCAAAAGUCAGUCAGAGGACACACGAUAGGACAGAUAGGCACGGAUAGUAUAAGUGCCAAAAGAACAGCAUCGAGAGCUGCUGGUGGUGAGAGAGGUGUUACUGAAGCUAAAACUUCUACUACUUUUGGGGACGAUGAUAGGAAAGUGCCACUCCUGAACAGCACCGCAGGAGCAGUUUCUAUCAAUACGCAAGAAACAAACGUUGAGGUUGAGACCUUUCGAGAGUCUUUCGAGCCGGUUGUUCGUUUUUUCUUCCCCGAAACGUUUAUAUUCCAGUUAUAUGCUCUUGGAUCAUCGGGCCAGAUCCGGCUGACUCAGCAGCUUCCUGACUCUAUUACCAGGUGGAUAGGCUCGGCGGUUUGCUCCCAUCGUCAAGUGGGACUAGGACUAUCUGGACAAUCAUCGAUUAAAGUAUUCAAACCCUUCUUCGCUGAAAUAAAUGUGCCCUAUUCGGUGAAACGCGGAGAGCUACUGCAGCUCAAAGUCUCCGUCUUCAAUUUCCUCCAUACACAGCUUUCGGUGAUUUUGCGACUUGAGGACGUUCCCGGCGUGCAGCUGCAGGGCCAGCGUGAGCGCGCGCUGUGCGUGGGCACCGACCAGCCGUCAGUGAGCACGUUCCCGGUGCUGUUCACCGAGCUGGGCCAGCGCAGUCUGGUGGUGUCCGUCAGAGCCACCGGCGCGGCGUGCGGCAGGCCCAACGACAUCGGCGUCCAGAGUGACGCUCUAGUGCGCGACAUCCUGGUGAAGCCAGAGGGCUUUCCGCAAGAGGAGGCUCUGACGGAGCGAGUCUGUGCAAAGGAGGGUGGCUCUAAUACGCAUGUGUUCGAGCUGGGCUUCUCGCCGCGAGUGGUUCCCGGCUCGUCGCGGGCGGUGGUCUCCAUCUACGGCGAUCCUCUUGGACAGGCGAUCACCCAGCUGACCGGACUGGAGAGCCUCGUCAAGGUGCCUCAUGGGUGCGGCGAGCAAAACAUGGUCUAUCUUGUUCCCAACAUCCUGGUCCAUCAGUACAUGAAAGCCAAAGACAUGCUCAGUGCUGAACUGAAGAAGAAAACUGUCGACAACAUGCUGAGCGGCUACCAGCGGCAGCUGAGGUAUCGCCACUCGGACGGCUCGUACUCGGCGUUCGGCGAGAGCCGCUGGCGCCGCACUCAGGGCUCCCACUGGCUGACCGUGUACGUGAUGCGCUGGUUCGCGGUGGCCAGCAAGCUGGUGCCGAUCGACGCCGAGGACCUGGCCGCCAGUCGCCGCUGGGUGGAGCAGCACCAGCGCAGCGACGGAUGCUUCAACCGCGUCGGCUGGCUGUACGACAAGGCGAUGAGCGGCGGCGUGGCCGACGGCGGCCGGCUGGCGCUCACUGCAUUCACCGUGCUGGCGCUGCUGGAGGCCGACUCGGGCUCGGCGGCGCUGCGCCGCGCUGUCCGCUGUCUGCGCGACGGCACGCCCAGCGGCCUCUACGCUCAGGUGCUGGUGGCGCACGCCCUGCUGGAGGCCGGUGAGAGGGCGGCGGCCGAGGCGGCCGUGCCAGGCCUGCUGCGUCGAGCCGUGCGCGGCGAGGACUCACUCCACUGGCGUUCGGGACGUUCCAGCCGCUGGAGCGGCAGCAGCGCGCUGGACGUGGAGAUCACCGCCUACAUGACGCUGACGCUGCUGCGACUGGGAGGCCACGAGACGGAUGUCGCCGCGGCCGUCCGCUGGCUGGACCGGCGCCGCAACGGCCACGGCGGCUGGGUGUCCACGCAGGACACGGUGGUGGCGCUGUCGGCACUGGUGGCUGUCGAGCGGCGCUCCAGCGAGCUGAAGGCGCACAACGUGGACGUCACCGUCACCUCGGGCAACACGUUCCGACGCCAGUUCCAGGUGACGGCCAGCAACCGGCUGCUGCACCAGCAGGCCGAGCUGCGGCCGCUGCAGCUGCCCACCACGGUGUCCGUCACCGCCGCCGGCUCUGGCUGCAUCAUGGCGCAGACCGUCCUGAGAUACAGUCUGAAGGAGACAAAAGCCAAGCAGGCAUUCCAGAUUAAGCACGACAUACGGCCCGCUCAAACAGGCCUCUGUCAGACGUUUAUCCUGCAGAUAUGUGCCUCGUACACCGCCGCGGAUGCGGCGUCGAACAUGGCCAUCAUCGAGAUCGAGAUGCUCUCCGGUUUCGUCGCCAUUGACUAUGUUCUGCAAGAACUGGUGCGGAGCAAUGUGAUCCGGCGCUGGGAGGUGCGCCAGGCGGUGUUGGCGCUCUACUUUGACCAGCUGGUCAAGAAGACGCUCUGUUUCGAUGUGCGCGUCCUGCAGGAGGCGGUGGUGCAGCGGCUGAAGCCGGCCACCAUCGCCGUCUACGACUACUACACGACCGAGCACCGCCUGGAGACCGAGUACCGGCUGCCCGCCUGCGGCUAGCCGCUCAGCUCAGCCGCCUGCAGACCCAGUGUCUGGUCAGCCGCCGCGAUAGGCCGCUCAGCCGCCACGGCAGGCCGUCAGACAUAUGCCGACAUAGCACAGCACUCGAAUCGAAGUUUUUGAAGUAAAGUCUUGUUUUAGGUGAUUCACUGCAAUAAAUGUUUGAAUUAUG